CUUUUCGCCCUCUCCACCUCGCUCGCUGCUGCUGCUGCUGCUGCUCGCGCGGCCAUGGCGAUGGCGAGGGCGCGCUGCUCGAGGCAAUCCGACACCCGUCGCCGCCUCGUGGCUGUAGCUGUCCUCGCCGGUGUCCUGCUUCUUCCGGUGGCGGUGGCGGAGGGGGAGGGGGAGAACAGGUCGGCGGCGAGGCAGUGGGCGACGGGGAAGGACGAGGGGGAGCUGGUCUCCGGGGAGGAGUCCGGCGGCGGGGGUGGGUCGGUGGUGGAGGACGAGUUCGCGGGUGGCUUCGGCUCCCUCGACAGCAUGCUGCAGUGGGCGAUCGGGAAUUCGGAUCCGGAGAAGCUGAAAGAACAGGCAGAAGGUGUGCAGAAGUUAUCUGCGGAUGAUCUGCUCAAGCGACGGAUGGAAAUUAAGGAGUUGAUGGAGAAAUUAAAGAUGCCAUCAGAUGCUGACUUAAUGAAGAUUGCGAUUGCUGAUUUAAACAACUCGUCCAUUUCAGUGCAGGAUCGCCAGCGUGCAUUGCAGGAACUAUUAGUUCUCGUUGAGCCCAUUGACAAUGCUAAUGACCUUGACAAACUAGGAGGCCUUGUUGCUUUGAUUCAAGAUCUUAAUAAUGCAAAUGAAGAAAUAAGGACUACCUCUGCAUGGGUCCUGGGUAAAGCCAGUCAGAAUAAUGCCCUUGUCCAAAACCAGAUCCAUGGUUAUGGAGCUCUGGCAAGAUUAGUGAAGAUGGGUUAUGCCACUUCCGCAGAAGAAGCUGCAAAGGCACUGUAUGCUAUAUCCGCUUUGAUUAGAGACAAUGUAAAUGGCCAGGAGGCAUUUCAGUUGGAAAACGGAAGUGCAAUGUUGCAGCACAUAUUGGUGAGCAAUGGUGUUGAUCUUCGGCUUCAGAAGAAAGCAGUGUUUCUAGUAACAGAUCUAGCAGAUUUUCAGUUAAACUCUGGAACAUCAGGACUUCCUUUCUUAAGCGAUCGUGUUUUUCUGAAGUCAGUGGUUGAUAUGCUGUCAAAAUUUGACCUCGACCUUCAGGAAAAGGUUUUGUUGGCCAUCAAGAGCCUACUGAAGCUUUCAUCCACUGAAGCGACAGAUUUUCAGUCAUGUGACCUCGACAGUGUGCUGUAUAGAUUGGGCGUGCAGUUGGAGGAGUUGCCAUCAGAGGAGCAAAAAGAGUAUGCCGGAGAGGUGGAUGACCUCCGGAGAGAAGUCCAAAUGUUGUUCAAAAACAAACUCAAAGAGGGUACAAAGAUUGCAUUAUGAUACUAGGACGAACUUAACGAUGGAUGCAGUAUCCAAUUGAGGAUUCCUUAGAAUUUUCAGGAGUAUAGUUAGAUGUUUGGGACCAUUCUUGCCGCGAUCAGAAUCCUCAGGGAGGCUGAGAUGGGAGUCAUGGAAUAUUUAUCUGUAGAUCUCUGGGAAUGUGGUGACAUAGUGUCGGUAGGAUUUUAUUGACUCGUAGGUUAGAAAUUGUAUAACUUCUUUUUGCGAAGCUAAUUAUGAUCACUCCCUGUUCUGUAAGUUGGCACUUCAAUGAAGCAAAUUUUCCCCAAUA